UUGCGGCAGGAAUGCGGCGCGCAGGCACCUGAUCUCGCGCGGUGGCUCCCAUUCUCCGUGUCUCUCUUUGGACCAAGCGCCUCCCGAACCUGUAUGCGAGGGACGGUGGCAGACACGAGGCACGAACACCCCGCCAGCGCACGCACACUUACUUUUCCCUUUUUACAGCGGAGUUGAGACGCCCGCCGGACUUUCGCGCGCUGGACAGGGCGUAGCCGCUCUGGCCUGGCCCUGCCCCCGUCCGGCCCCGCCCCCUCAGGUUGAUGGCAGCAGCAGCUGGGACUGCAGCGGAGCCCGCAGCCGAGAGCCGCAGGCAGCGGCCGGAACACCCUGGCCCGGACGCACGGACGCCGCCUCCUCGGCCCUUCGCAUACCCCGGCCCGCUCCGCAGAGGAGUCGCAGCGUGAGCACCCCCGCCCGGCUUAGGACCAGGUCUUGGAGGAAGUUUCAGCCCUGUGUCAGCCUCUGCUAUCCCGGCUAGCCUGUGUGUCUAAGAAGCGCUCGCAGGAUUAAGGACCAACGUGCCUCUAGACUCUGAUACUCCCUAUCUUUGCCCCAGCCAUGAGCCGGCGUGUUGUUCGGCAGAGCAAGUUCCGCCACGUGUUUGGUCAGGCAGCAAAGGCUGACCAGGCCUAUGAGGACAUCCGGGUAUCCAAGGUCACAUGGGACAGCGCCUUCUGUGCCGUCAACCCCAAAUUUCUAGCCAUUAUUGUGGAGGCUGGAGGUGGAGGUGCCUUCAUUGUCCUGCCUCUGGCCAAGACAGGACGAGUGGAUAAGAACUACCCACUGGUCACUGGGCACACUGGCCCUGUGCUGGACAUUGACUGGUGCCCACACAAUGACAACGUCAUCGCCAGUGCCUCAGAUGACACCACAGUCAUGGUGUGGCAGAUUCCAGACUACACCCCUGUAAGAAACAUCACAGAACCUGUCAUCACACUCGAGGGCCACUCCAAGCGUGUGGGCAUCCUGUCUUGGCAUCCUACUGCCAGGAAUGUCCUGCUCAGUGCAGGGGGUGAUAAUGUGAUCAUCAUCUGGAAUGUGGGCACUGGGGAGGUACUGCUGAGCCUGGACGACAUACACCCUGACGUCAUCCACAGCGUGUGUUGGAACAGCAAUGGUAGCCUGCUAGCCACCACCUGCAAGGACAAGACCUUGCGCAUCAUUGACCCCCGGAAGAGUCAAGUGGUUGCGGAGAGGUUUGCAGCCCACGAGGGGAUGAGACCCAUGCGGGCUGUCUUCACGCGGCUGGGUCAUAUCUUCACCACGGGAUUCACCCGCAUGAGCCAGCGAGAGCUAGGCCUGUGGGACCCGAACAAUUUCGAAGAGCCAGUGGCCCUGCAGGAGAUGGACACAAGCAACGGAGUGUUACUACCAUUCUACGAUCCUGACUCCAGCAUCGUCUACUUGUGUGGCAAGGGUGACAGUAGCAUUCGGUACUUUGAAAUUACGGAAGAACCACCUUUCGUGCAUUAUCUGAACACAUUUAGCAGCAAAGAACCGCAACGGGGUAUGGGUUUCAUGCCCAAGCGGGGACUGGAUGUCAGCAAAUGUGAAAUCGCCAGGUUCUACAAGCUGCACGAACGAAAGUGUGAACCCAUCAUCAUGACUGUACCGCGAAAGUCAGACCUGUUCCAGGAUGACCUAUACCCAGACACGCCUGGCCCUGAGCCUGCCCUGGAAGCUGAUGAGUGGCUAUCAGGUCAGGAUGCAGAACCUGUGCUCAUUUCGCUGAAGGAAGGCUACGUUCCCCCCAAACACCGUGAGCUUCGGGUCACCAAACGCAACAUCCUAGAUGUGCGCCCGCCGGCCAGUCCUCGGCGCAGCCAGUCCGCCAGCGAGGCCCCCUUGUCGCAGCAGCACACCCUGGAGACAUUGCUGGAGGAGAUAAAGGCCCUCCGAGAUCGAGUGCAGGCCCAAGAGGAGCGCAUCACUGCGUUGGAAAACAUGCUCUGUGAGCUGGUGGACGGCACAGACUAGCACUGCCUACGCGCUGCAAAGCUCUGCACACUGCAGACUCAAUGGGGCAGGGCGCACCGACUGGCAGCACCGGCUUUUGGUCUGGAACUCUGCACCCUGCCUCGUGGGGUUGGAAUCAGGGGAGGGAUCAGAAAAGAAACUCCAUCUCCCACAAGAGGCCUGAACACACAGAUCUUAAGUGGCAGGGACUGAGCUCCGUACUAGGUCCCCAAACAUUGCAAGAUCAGGCCUCGGGGAAGCCUGGGGUAAUGUGGCCUUAGCAGUGGUGCUUCAUGGUGAGGUGGUGUCCCUCUCUGUCCCUUACCCUGGGCAGGGGAAGUGCUUAGUAUUAGCGUGAUCCUGGGGAUGCUGAGGGGCCUAGGCCUGACCUCACAGGAAUGGCGAUUCAACAGAUAUCCCCAGAACCUCAGGAAAUUUCCAAUAUUUCUCCUAAUAAGCAGCACCCUGUUUCUAUUGCCAGAAGAGCUUAACCCACUGGCUUCAACCAUAAUUCUAUGGCAGAGGGCUCUUCCCAUCUUCUCACUUCCAAAGACGGCAGCUUCUUGGAGACAAACAGACCCCACCAGAGAAAUCUCAGGAGAACAGGCACACGGAAGCAGGUUCAACACACACACACACACACACACACACACACACACACACACACACACACACACACCAGCACUCUGCUGACUCUUAUAGAAACACUGAGGCAUUACUAAUGAAAUACUUCACUAAGUACAAGUCUGUGCCUCCUGCACAGAAAGCCAAUAUGCUGCCCCCAUUCCCCAAGGCACCAUGAGGGAACCAGGCCUUGCCCAAACUAGGGGGCACCUCAGUCCUUUUUGGAAAACUGAGGAGACCUAGCAAAUGCAAGCUGGACUGAGGACCCAUCAGGCAGCUUUUUAUCCCAGGUCAUCCAUCUUUGCAUUGAGGUUCCCAAGACCCCACCCACCUCCCACCCCUGUGGGCACUUCUCCCCAAUAAAGUUAAGUAGAAAUGCA